AUGGCACCUAGUGACAAGUGCGGCAACGCCGCCUGCACGACGAGCUCGUCGGCGCCCUCGCCCCCGGACGCCAGCUCGCUCCGGCGGUGCUCACGAUGCCGCAAGAUCAAGUACUGCUCGUCCGAGUGCCAGACGGCCGCCUGGCCGACGCACAAGCGGGGCUGCAUCCGGCCCAACUACAUCGUCAAGUUCCACCUCAGCCCGGACGACAUCGCGAGCCCGCCCGUGACGCGCACGCUGUCGUGCCCCUCGCACGCCGUCUUCUACAUGCUGCACAUGGCGCUGCAGACGGCGUUUGGCUGGGCCACGACGCACUCGUUCGACUUCGCCGUCGUGGACCCCGCGUACCGCGAGGACGACGACAUCAUGGGCUUCAUCAACAGGCGCAUGGCCGCGGGGCCGACGGGCAGGGGGCUCCCGCCGGCGUCCACGCCGAGGGAGUAUGUGCUUCGCGUUGUCGACCCCGUGGAGCAGACCAUGUUCUCGGGCAUCGAUCGCAUGCAUGAGGGGAUGAGGCGGCAUCCCAACACUACUGAGAAGAAGGCCGACAAGUUUAAGUUGUUUGAGAUGUUUGACGACGCACGGUUCCAAGGCCACAAAAUGGUCUACACCUACGACUUUGGCGACAACUGGGAGCACUACAUGACCAUCCUGGGCCGCGCCGACGCCACGCCCGACUUCAUCUGCCUCGACGGCUCCGGGCACUACGUGGCCGAAGACGUGGGCAGCACGCAGGGCUGGGAGAAGCUCAAGGCAGCCUACCAGACCCAGAGCCCGACCGAGGAGCAAAAGGGCCGUCGGAAGUGGUUCGAGCGAGACGCCUCCAACGCCGACCCGAGGGGCCUCGCCGGGGAUCGCGUCAAUACGUGGGACCGCGACGCCAUCAACCGGGCGCUCGAGACGGAGACGAUGCUCGAUCGCUUCCAGGCAAUGGGGGACGUUGCUGCGGAAAACUCUGCCAAGAUGGAGGCCAUGCUGCGAAAGAGGAACUAG